AAUCACCGACGACGACCACAAGAUCGUCGAGGUUAUGUCAGGCCGCAACCGCACGCUUCGCAGUGGCGCCGUGGCUGACGCACCGUACGUCGACAACGAUGGCGACGCGUCGUGGGGAGCAUUUGGCCUUCUCAGUGCACUCGGACUUUGGUGCAUUGAGCAAGCUCGCGUCGGGAUUUUCGACCACAACGAGCGCCAGACGUUGGAGGCCACGUGCCAGGAGCUGCGGCAGUACGGCUUGUAG